UGCUUGGAGUGGGAGAAACUGAUAAAGGAGGGACGACGAAUGCCGUCAUCGAGGUAGGAGUUUAGAUAGUGAGCAGUGAUCGCCCGUUCGGCAGAACCACCGCACGGCUCCUCGUGCGUAUAUUUUGAGUACGGUAACGAUAAAUUUUGUGGAUUCGACCAACGCUGGCAGCUGGGAAAAUGUGGAAAAUCGUAUUCAUCGUUCUGCUGGUGAUUUUUGCUGUAUCAAGGCUUUUCAGCUCGUACGCUGAUGUGCCCGAAGUACCAAAUAUACCGACUGACCAACACUGGGGACCUGGAGAGUCACGCAUAGUUAACACUAAUAUCCGUCCAUUCAAAAUUGACGUCCCAAAAGAGAUUAUUGAUGACCUCAACGCACGCCUGAGUAGGACACGAUCUUUGCGAAAGCCACUGGAUAGUGCAGGAUGGACUUACGGCGUGAACAGCGAGCACCUCCAAACCGUACUAGAGUACUGGAGGACAAAGUACAACUGGACGGAACGUCAAACCCUCCUCAACAAGUAUCCUCAGUUCAAAACUAACAUUCAAGGUUUGGACAUCCACUUCUACCAUGUAAAGCCUACGGUUCCCAAAGGUAGUUCUGUGAAAGUUCUUCCUCUAUUGCUGGUCCAUGGCUGGCCUGGAUCGGUCGUCGAGUUUCAAAAGAUCAUCCCUCUUCUCACAACGCCACGUUCCAACAAUGACUUCGUAUUUGAAGUGAUAGCGCCAUCGCUUCCAGGGUACGGAUUUUCCGAUGCCGCGAUUCGCCCCGGAUUAGGUAAUGCUCAGAUGUCAGUAGUAUUGAAGAACCUGAUGAGCAGACUUGGAUUCGAGAAAUUCUACACCCAAGGUGGAGAUUGGGGCAGUCUUAUUACCGCAAAUAUGGGAGUCCUUUUUCCUGAUAGCGUUUUUGGAAUACACUUGAAUGCAUGCUUCUCAUUCGCACCUUCGGCCACUAUUUGGACAAUUUUCGGUUCGUUCGUCCCGUCUUUGACCAUCAGCGAUGAACACUGGUCCAAAAUGUACCCUCUUAGUCAUCACUGGUCACGUAUGCUCGAAGAAUCGGGAUACCUACACCUCCAAGCCACCAAACCUGACACCAUUGGCACAGCGCUCACCGACUCGCCAGCUGGUUUAGCCGCUUACAUUUUAGAGAAAUUCAGCACGUGGACAAAUCCGGAAUUCCGAUUCAGCAAAGACGGUCGCUUGCUUGAAAAAUUCAAUAUCGAUGAGCUUUUGGACAAUGUUAUGAUCUACUGGGUGACAAAUUCGAUCACAACUAGCAUGCGCUUGUACUCAGAGAGUUUCAACAAGGCUCAUUUUAACCUGAGAAUAGACUCCAUUCCGAUCCACACACCGCUAGCCUGCGCCAUAUUUCCGCACGAAAUCUUUUACCAAUCGGAGGCUAUUCUUCGAUCGAGAUACGCAAACAUGAUUCAAAUAAACCAUCUGCCUCGCGGUGGCCACUUUGCAGCUUUUGAAGAGCCUCAGCUUCUUGCUGACGACUUCUGGUCGUUCGUCGGUCUGAUUGAGAAGAAAGAAAAAACUACUCAGAAGACUGGCAAAUCAUCGGAGCUAUAAGAAAAUUAAUCUUACAACUUUUCAGUUCAUUUUUAUGCGUCGUAUGGUCUACAAUUAUGAAAACGUGUAUCUGUUCUCAAGUUCACCAAAAAAAGAUUGGAUUUGGGGAAAUUGAUUUCAGCUUUCUACUGAAAAUGGUCAACUGGCUCAAAUCAACGAAUGUGUACCAGUAUAGAGGCUAAAAUGAAAAUCACAAUUCGGAAGUAAAUGUUGGCAUUGUGUAAGGUGUUCCUGUAUUUACGGUAGAAUUGUAUCUGAUUCAACUACAGUUAAAAUAAGCAAACAUCACGAAUAGUGAUCUUUUCAACCUCUUGUUCUGGUGUGACAAAAGUCGACAAAAGGUGAUAUCAGGAUAGAGAUUUCAAAUAAGGCGGGGAAAGUAAUCGAUUCGAAUAUGCACAUAACGUGUCUCUUUUUCCAUUCUCUCUAUUUCAUGCCCAACGGGUCCGUAAUAGUAUGUAGGUUCUCUAUUGUCCUUUAAUGAGUAAAAUUUAGCUAUAUUCGAACUGAGAUCAUAGUCAAAUACUCUUAAUUUGGCAGAAAUUGAAGAUAACAUUUUGUAUUAUACAUAUAUUAAACAAAUUUGAAUGAAA